CGCGAAGGAACCCAGUCUCCACGUGGCCAUCCCCAGCAAGACCAAGACAUCAAAGAGCCCUCACCCGGCCCAGGAGAGGAGGUCGCUCACUCCACCACCAAGAACCGGCACUCGCCCGAGCCCCAAAUCCCCCAACCACCAACCUCCUCUUCCUCCUCCCAGAUCCGCCUACCCUCCCCACACUACUCCCAGAUCUCCCCAGCAGAUCCACCGCCUCGCCGGAGCAGGAGCAGGAGCCGCGCGCAGCCAUGGCGAAGGAGGCCGGCGGCGGCGGCGGCGGCGGCGGCGAUGCGGCCCUGUCGGAUUCGGUGCUCCGCAAGGUGUUGGUCUCCUACUGCUACGUCGCGGUGUGGAUCUUCCUCUCCUUCACGGUCAUCGUCUACAACAAGUACAUCCUCGACCCCAAGAUGUACAACUGGCCCUUCCCCAUCUCCCUCACCAUGGUCCACAUGGCCUUCUGCUCCUCCCUCGCCGUCGCCCUCGUCCGCGUCUUCCGCGUCGUCGACCUCCCGUCGUCGCCCGCCAUGACGCCGCAGCUCUACACCUCAUCCGUCAUCCCCAUCGGCGCGCUCUACUCCCUCUCCCUCUGGUUCUCCAACUCCGCCUACAUCUACCUCUCCGUCUCCUUCAUCCAGAUGCUCAAGGCGCUCAUGCCCGUCGCCGUCUACUCCAUCGGGGUGCUCUUCAAGAAGGAGACCUUCAGGUCCUCCGCCAUGCUCAACAUGCUCUCCAUCUCCUUCGGCGUCGCCAUCGCCGCCUACGGCGAGGCCCGAUUCGACCUCCGCGGCGUCGCGCUCCAGCUCGCCGCCGUCGCCUUCGAGGCCACCAGGCUCGUCCUCAUCCAGAUCCUCCUCACCUCCAAGGGUAUCUCGCUCAACCCCAUCACGUCGCUCUACUACGUCGCGCCCUGCUGCCUCGCCUUCCUCUUCGUGCCCUGGGUCUUCGUCGAGCUGCCCAGGCUGCGCGCCGUCGGCAUGUUCGAGCCGGACUUCUUCGUCUUCGGGACCAACUCGCUCUGCGCCUUCGCGCUCAACCUCGCGGUCUUCUUGCUCGUCGGCAAGACGUCCGCGCUCACCAUGAACGUCGCCGGCGUCGUCAAGGACUGGCUGCUCAUCGCCUUCUCCUGGUCCGUCAUCCGGGACACGGUGACGCCGAUUAACCUGUUCGGCUACGGGAUCGCCUUCCUGGGCGUGGGUUAUUACAACCACGUCAAGCUGCAGGCGCUCAAGGCCAAGGAGGCGCAGAAGAAGGUGGCGCAGGCCGACGAGGAGGCCGGCUCGCUGCUGCAGGAGCGCGAAUCUCACGGCGAACGCAAGACUGAUAGCCAGUCCUAGAGCGGCGGAUCCGAUCCAACAGCUCCCCCCAAAUUGGUCGGUUUCUGAAUCCAGCAUAGCGAAUUCCCCAAUGUGUGAUCCUUACAAGUUUAAUGCAAAAUCUGUUCAUUUCUUGUCUUAAUUUGUGGUGGAAAAGCAAAUAAAUACAGGAAAUAUGCGAUCUUUGUGUCGAGCGUGUGAAAAUACAAGUGAUUUUCAUUUUUUUUUGGCCUCAUUGUACUCCGUUACUAUCUUAGACAGUAAGUAGUCCAGUAUCUAAAGUUGUCUGCGGUGGCUAUUAUAUUUA